AGCAUGCUUUUUCUUAUUGUUCAUUUUUGAUUCGAUCGAAUUUCAUUCGUAAAUAAAUAUUUUGAUAUUAUAAUUUUUAUUGUUAAACAAUAUUUGAAAUAUGUCCCACAACAGUCGCAGGUCCAAAUCGUCGGAUGGAUCUUGGGUUGGAUGGUUUGUCAACCUUGAAGUAAAUGCAUUCUUGUGUCGUGUGCCCUACGAUUAUAUUGAGGACAAAUUCAAUUUGACUGGACUAGAGACGAUGGUGCCGAAUUUUCCUCAAGCACUGGAUGCUCUGCUCGAUACAGAGUUUGACACGGAAUACGGGUUCAAUCCGAUGGAAACUGACUCUGAGACAACGGCACAAUUAUAUGGUCUGAUUCAUGCUCGAUAUAUUUUGAGCCCUCUUGGCAUCGACAAAAUGUAUAUGAAGUAUAAACGUGGCGAUUUCGGUUUCUGUCCUCGCAUCUAUUGUGAUGGUCAGCUCAUGUUGCCCGUGGGUCUAACCGAUCGCAUUGGCGAGUCGCAUGUGAAGGUUUAUUGCCCUCGGUGCCAAGAUGUGUAUCAGCCACAAGAUCGCUGCGCUGUGCUCGAUGGUUCAAUGUUUGGCAGCAGCUUUCCGCACAUGUUUUUCAUGCAACUGCCACAUCUGCUCCCGGAGCCUCCAAUUGAGAAAUACACGCCACGCAUCUAUGGCUUUAAGGUGCACAAAUCGGCUCUGGUGCCAGCCUCAACAGAGUCGACGGCUUCCAACAAUAACGAUAGCAAUUGCAACAAUCAGAACACUCUUCCAUCGAGUGUUGAUUCCACACAGAACUUGCGUCGUCGUUUUAACUUUACACUUACAUAAGUUUGUGAAUAGGGUAUUGUAUUUGAUCGAAAUCUCAAAUAAUUAUGGUACCGCCGACUCGACGCACUUUAAUCUGACAACCUCAAAUUGUAACUAUUCCAUGUAUUGGGUAUUUUAUUUGUGAAAUGCGUUUUAAUAAACAACUGACUAAACAAAA